AUGUAUCUCUGGUCCCCCCCUGAAUUUAAUGAUGUAUUCGCAGCCGCAGUGGACAAGGGAAACAUAAGGACAAUGCCAAACAGAAGCAUGCCAGCAGAUCCCCGUCCUACUCCUGGUGCUGUACUGAUGGGAGAUGCAUUCAAAAUGCAUCAUCCACUAACAGGGGGCGGAGUGACAGUAGCAUUGUCUGAUAUUGUGGUGCUGAGAAAUCUUCUCAAGCCUUUGCGUGACCUGAAUGAUGCACCCACACUUUGCAAUUACCUUGAAUCCUUUUAUACCUUGCGUAAGCCUGUGGCAUCCACCAUAAAUACAUUGGCAGGUGCCCUUUACAAGGUUUUUUGUGCAUCCCCUGAUCAAGCAAGGAAGGAAAUGCGCCAAGCUUGCUUUGAUUAUCUGAGCCUUAGAGGCCUAUUCUCGGAAGGACCGGUCUCUUUACUUUCAGGAUUAAACCCUCGUCCCUUAAGUUACGUUCUCCAUACAUGA